AUGAGUCCCUACCAGGUGGGAAGGCGUCGAUCAGUCAGUGAGUGUGUGCAACCUGAAAUCCGCACACAAGAAACCAAUUCCAAUAUCAAUUUGCCUGCAGAAUUGACUGCCAUUCAUGGUAACUACACUGCCACCUCCGUCACCCUUGGUGACGAAGCUCCCGUUGAGUUCUCAGUCAGUGAGUGUGCACAACCUGAAAUCCGCACACGAGGAACCAAGUCUAAUAACAAUUUGCCUGCAAAAUUGACUGCCAUUCAUGGUAAUUACAUGACCACCUCCGUCACCAAUGGUAAUGAAGUUCCCGUUAAGGUACAGGCUGGCAAGCGCCAUACAUCCAGCGGUGCUCAGAAGGUUAACCCAUGUUCUCAAUGUACCAGGACUUAUAAGUCAAGAAAAUGGUUCAAUAGGCACAUUCGUAAAAUACACAAGAGACGCAAGUCCGUUAACAAUUUAUCUGCAGAAUUGACUGCCAUGCAUGGUAACUACAAUGCCGCCUCCGUCACCCAUGGUGAUGAAGUUCCUGUUAAGGUACCGGCUGGCAAGCUCCUUACAUCCAGCGGUGGUCAGAAGGAUUUCCCAUGUCCUCACUGUCCCAAGUGUUACACCUUAAUAAAAUGGCGUAAUCGGCACAUUUCUAACAAACACAUGAGUCCCUACCAGGUGGGAAGGCGUCGAUCAGGCAGUGAGUGUGUGCAACCUGAAAUCCGCACACAAGAAACCAAUUCCAAUAACAAUUUACCUGCAAAAUUGACUGCCAUUCAUAGUAGCAACACUGCCACCUCCGUCACCCUUGGUGACGAAGCUCCCGUUGAGUUCUCAGUCAGUGAGUGUGCACAACCUGAAAUCCGCACACGAGGAACCAAGUCUAAUAACAAUUUGCCUGCAAAAUUGACUGCCAUUCAUGGUAAUUACAUGACCACCUCCGUCACCAAUGGUAAUGAAGUUCCCGUUAAGGUACAGGCUGGCAAGCGCCAUACAUCCAGCGGUGCUCAGAAGGUUAACCCAUGUUCUCAAUGUACCAGGACUUAUAAGUCAAGGAAAUGGUUCAAUAGGCACAUUCGUAAAAUACACAAGAGACGCAAGUCCGUUAACAAUUUAUCUGCAGAAUUGACUGCCAUGCAUGGUAACUACACUGCCGCCUCCGUCACCCAUGGUGAUGAAGUUCCUGUUAAGGUACCGGCUGGCAAGCUCCUUACAUCCAGCGGUGGUCAGAAGGAUUUCCCAUGUCCUCACUGUCCCAAGUGUUACACCUUAAUAAAAUGGCGUAAUCGGCACAUUUCUAACAAACACAUGAGUCCCUACCAGGUGGGAAGGCGUCGAUCAGGCAGUGAGUGUGUGCAACCUGAAAUCCGCACACAAGAAACCAAUUCCAAUAACAAUUUACCUGCAAAAUUGACUGCCAUUCAUAGUAGCAACACUGCAACCUCCGUCACCCUUGGUGGUGAAGAUCCUGGUGAAGAUCUCAGUCAGUGA